UUGUUAUUUAAUGAGAAAAUUUCCUAAUUUUUAACUGCAGAUUUUUCCUUCAAUUUGAUAUAUUGCAAUUAAUCGUUUUAGGUUUACGUGACCAACAUCAACAUGAACUAAAUAUUUCAGCGACACGCACUACUAUAAUCGAUUAUUAUUUGCUGAAAGCAGUCGUGUGACUGAGUAACAUGGCGGGUAAUACGAAGCACUAUACGAAGUCAGACACAUCUAAUUUAUAUUUUCGAACUCCUUUAUUACAAAGUACUUGUUUAAGCAACAAAGUUGGUUGUAAUGUAUACUUGAAGCUAGAGAAUGUGCAGCCAGCGGGCUCUUUUAAAAUUCGCGGUGUUGCAAACUGCUGCAAGAAGGCUUUAGAGAAAGGUUACACUAACAUUGUAUCAUCCUCUGGAGGCAAUGCCGGCUUGGCUGCAGCCUAUGCAGGGAGAAAGCUAAAAAUGCCCACAACUGUUGUUGUACCAGAAAUUACACCUGAUUUUACCAUCAAAAGAAUCAAAGAAGAAGGAGCAAAUGUUAUUGUAAAAGGAAAGGUUUGGGAUGAAGCAAACAUUCAUGCUAUUGAACUUUCCAAAAUUCCUGGUCACUUUCUUGUUCAUCCUUUUGACCAUGACGACAUUUGAUGACCAUCAAAUGCUGGUUCAACUCGCCUGUGGGGCAACCUUAUCUGCAUUAUAUUCUGAUGUUUUACUAAAGUUGCAAAAAAGGUCACCUUAAAUAUUUGAAAGACGUUGUUGUGAUUGUGUGCGGAGGAAGUGGUGUAUCGUUAAAGAAACUGAAAGAAUGGAAAGAAACUUUUGAUAUUGUAGAUUAAAUUUUCUUAUUUUGAAUAGUAGUAUAGGUAACUGUAGUAUAUGCAUUUCAACGUCGACAGCACAUUUCAUAUCUACAUACCGGUGUUACUUGAAGUCCUCCCCCCUGUAAUGUUGUAAUGUCGUCAAAGGAGGGCGAUAAAUUUUCAGGGAAAGAGA